GUUGCGUGAGAUAGCAGCUCGUCAAGAUGCCAAAGAGAAGGAGAUCAAAGAGGCUCGCGCCAGACGCUUGUCUACAAGCAACCAGUCGCCAAACGAGCAAGAGGCUGCUGCCGAAAUCAUCCAACGCAAUUACCGUGGUUAUCGCGAGCGUAGAGAAAUGCGUGGCUUAGGCUUGUCUGCCUCUACAAGAUGGGUUGAUGCUGUCAAAGAAGGUAAAUGACCAUGGACUCACCCUACAAUACCUCACUGCUCAUGUCCGAGUAGCCCGUUACCGCAAUACCACCCAACCCAUGUCUCGCGACGAGCGGGUCCGACACGCAUCAACCCAUGUCUCAACUCCAGGCAACCCGGUGGCUCGCGAGAAAUGGAAGCGUGCAGGCGAUAUUGCAAAGCAUGCAGAGAACGACGAUACCAGUUCCGACGAAGACUUUGGAGACAUGGAUCCACAAGACCGCGAAGACUAUCUACGGCGCAAAAGAGAGGCCAAGGCCGAACGAGAAAAGAUGGCCAGGACUAUGGGUAUAGAAUACUUUCUUGAGAUGGUAGGUGUGCAGGCUGUCCUGCCUUGUGCUCCGGCUUACAUGUCUGUAGGUCGACCAAAAGCACCGUUAUGGCUCUUCGCUUCGCAAGUACCAUAAAGUAUGGCAGGAGAGCGACACGAAAGAGAACUUCUUCUACUGGCUGGACUUUGGCGGAGGCAAAGACGUCGACCUUCCAGAACGUCCGAGAACACGCCUGGACGAGGAGAGAGUCC